AUGUUCGGCCGCGUGCUCGCGAUCGCGACGAGCUCGCAAAGCGCGACGUGCUGCGCCGGACUCAGCGCGUUCGGUGUCGUCGUCUGCGCGGCGCUGUCGCAUCUGUUUAAGAAGCACUACGCGCACCUCGGUUCGGAUUGGAAAGCGCCGGGAAUGACGCACGAGAUCGCGAGCGCGAAUCUGUCGCAGGCGGCGGGGUUGUAUGGGUUGUUUUUAGGGCUGUCCAUCGCGAAUUUGUACGUCAAUCGCGCGCGCGGGCGGUAG